AUGCACAACUAUGUAACAGCCACGUAAUAUUCAUGCACUGAGGUUCACGAGAAUAAAAAAAUAAAUCAUAAACGCCGGGAAUUUUAAAAAGCCAGGAUGGCAUUUCCUGUAGAUAUUCUGACAAAUGUGGAUCAUGAGUCCUUGGAGCAGGCAGCAGAGGAAUACAUGUCUCAGCUUCCAUAUAGAAAACCUGAGUACCUCAUCCUGCCUAAUUCCAAACAGAUAGAGAUUGGUCUCUGCAAUGUGAGUUUCGUCCCUCUAUAUGGUGCAGAUACUAAGAAGAAGAUCCUUGCAUUGUUCUCGCCUGACGACUCCAUCACAGUUGUAGGGCUUUAUUUGCUGGGGAAGUGGUGGGGAGUUGAAGAGGUUCUUAAAACAGCAGAGCCUUCAAGAACAGGCUUGAUCAAGGUCAGCACUCUUGGGGAGAGGAUAGUCCUGUAUGUCCUCAACAGAAUUGUGUUGAGAAAUGAGAAGAGCGGUGAAGAGGUUUUCUUCCUCUGCCAUGGUGAGCAUGAAUCUGCAAAAAUACUGUGGAAGGAUGGAGUGGCCAUUGGCUUUUACUCAUUCAAGCCCAAAGGGAGCUUGUGCAAAAACUUUGUGACCCAGUGCUAUCAGCUUCCUGUCAUGGACACGGUUUUUGUCAGGAAGUGUCACCGAGGCAAGGAUCAUGGCGUAAAGAUACUGGAAGAUUUUUUUUGUAGCUUCAGAAAUGAGGAUACAGGAUUAAAAUUUCCUCUUUCUGAAGCUAUGUAUAAAGUUUGUGAAAAGUACUUGAGAAUAUAUCCAGCAGACAAAGAGUUCCUCUGGGAAGUAGAAAAUACAGGAGGCUUUUUCCAGAGAACUCUAAUAGCGAAGAGGCUACAAGGGUUGAAGCAAAAAGAAAAGGACCAUGUUGUGAGCAAACUUAUUUUUGAGGAAGAAGAUGCCACCGCUCCAAUGGAAAUUGAGAUCACAAAGAUUCAGGAAACCACUGAAUCCACCAUGGAAAUUGAGGAGAAGAUCCCAGCAGUGGAAGUAGAAAAUGACGAUGCCACAGAAAAAGCAACCAAAGAAAUCAAAAAGAUGACAAAUGAGGAAAUUAAUUUAGCUGGUGAAACAGACAUAGAAAUGUGUAGCCUUGUUCAUGAGCAGGACAUCCAUGCACCUGUCAGCACAGAAAUAAGUCUUAGACAUAGAACAAUAAAGGUUACAUCUACACCAAUAAAAAAAUCUGGACGUGUACAAAAACGAGAAGAUGAGGUUGUUGUUGAACAUCAGGCAAGACAUACAUUAAUGAGCAAGAAAAACAGAAAUAAUCUCAGUUACAGAAGAGAGACAUGAAGUUAUGGAUCAAUGCGUGAGUAAGCUGGAGAACACAGGAGCAAGCUUAGCUGAAUUGGAGCCAGUGGAAAAAACAGAGAUAAGUAGAGAUAAAUAUGAAGAAAUCUCAGCAACAACAGAAGAGGUUGUGAAUGUCUGUACGUCAGUUAGUACAGCAGAGACCUGUCUUGAAGAAAUGUCAAACUCAAAUGUUAAGGAAACUAUGGCUGUUGAAAUUAAGAGUUCUGAAAAAGUUGUGAUUGGUGUAGAUAUAGAUGAUAAAGAGAAGGCCAUUCAGACUGUUGGAAGUCCUGAAGAAGAGGUCUCACUUCUAGAAGCAGAUCAUGAUGAGGGGGCAGAGAAAGAUGAUGGUACUCAAAUAAUAGGAUUACAAAAAUCCACAGUAGUACUUGUAGAUUUGAGCCAGGUUUCCCAAGAUAGAGAAAAAGAUGGUGAGAGUUCAGAUUUCUUAAUACAUUCCAAAACUGAGGAACAACUGAAACUAGAUGAAACAGACAAAAAUGAAAAAGAACUGGAAGAGGAUAAACAGCAA